AUGCUGUCGAAAGUUCUGUCUUUCUGGGUUUACGCCACAUGGCAAAUGUCAGCUGAUGAGAUCUACUGCAACGUCUCCUCGUGCACUCAAGCUGAGUAACGUCCACUUAUUCGGCACUUGGAAGAAGUUAAGACAAUGUUCCAGUUAGCUGAAAUUCGCCAUAUGGUCAGGGUCCCUCCUUGGUUGUUUGGUCAAACAUUAAAUGAUGCUGUUGUUGAGGAACUGAAUCGGAAACUUGCAAAUAAGGUUGUCUUAAAUGUAGGACUUUGCAUUGCGUUGUUUGACGUAACAUCAUUAGGAGAUUCUUACAUUUUUCCUGGAGAUGGCGCCUCUCAUACUCGCGUAACUUUUAGGUAUGUCGUCUUCAGGCCCUUCAUGGAGGAAGUUUUGGAAGGUGUAAUCAAAUCAUGCAGUGCAGAUGGUAUUCAAGUUAGUCUGGGAUUUUAUGAGGAUGUCUAUAUACGUCAGGAUGCAAUGAUGACCAAUUCACGUUAUGAUGAAACGGAUGGGACAUGGGUCUGGGACUAUCAAACUGAUGAUGAGACUCACCAUCUUUUUAUGGAUAUUGGAGAAAAGAUACGCUUCAAAAUAAUUGCAGAACAGUUCACAGAUACGACACCUGCAGGGCCUGAGCUUAGUGAUGGAACCAAUACAGUAGCAGAGCGUCAAGAAGGAAAAAAACCAUAUGUCAUUUAUGGAACAAUAAAUGACCAAGGCCUUGGCCUAGUUUCAUGGUGGACGAGCAGUAAUGACGAUCAAGGCAAUGUAGAAGGAGAAGAGGAAGAAGAAGAAGAGAUGAUGGCAUGACCCUUGUAGUAAGCCAGCCAGUCUUAUCCAGAGUAUGGUGGGUUGCAGUGACUUUGCACCUGUCUUAAUGGUGGAAUACAUGUCCUAAUGAUCUGGUAAUGAAGGUUAGUAGCUGGAAGUAACAGCACUUACAUGAUUAGGGGCAUAUUCUACACUGGAAAUGUAUUGAAAGCAAGACAAAUAUUUCAAAAGUCAUACUUUUUCUCAAUCAAUUAUAAGCCAACUCUUGGCAUUUAAGUGCUACUAUCUAUAAUUAACUCAGAAUGAGAAAUUGUGGAAAAUUCAGUUUUUUAGUAGAAAACUCAUUAUACUGAUAAUUUGAAUACAUACGUACUUUUAAUAUUUAUUUAAUAAUAGAAAUGUGACUAGACCAUUUACUGUGGUUUACAAAGACUUGAAUGCCCAGUAACAUACGUUUUUCCAGCCAGUUUUGCCAUGAAGUAUUUCAAGUCAAAUACUAUGAGCUAAAUGAGUUUCUUGCUCCUUGGCUUAACAAAUAUUAUGUUACAUUUUUGUCUGUCUAUGAUAUUUAGCUUAGGAUACAUAAAGAUACAGGUAUUUUCCCAUUUACGAUGUUUCAUUUUAUGGGGUUAGCAGUUCUGAUGGUUGUGAAGUUACGAAGCAUUACUAAUACAACAAUAUUGAAAAUAUUUUAAAUUUCACGCGCAACAGGAACAGGCAGCAGCAAACGAUGGCCUCAUGAGCUUCUUGGAGUUAUGUUGAUGAUACAAAAAUUCAUCUUUUUCAUAUUUUUUUUUUAUGAUACAGUAAUACUCCGAACUUAUGCGAGGUUAUGUUCCAGACCCCCUCGCAUAAGGGGAAUUAUUGUGUAAGUUUGGUACAGUCUCUAAAAAUUUACCUUUGUAUACACAUUUUACAUGUAUGUUAAAAAUAAUAGUCGUCUUCUUCCUAGCUUAAACCCAUUUUCAUAUGGGGUCGCCAUUGUGAAUGAGUCGUCUCCAUCGAUUUCUGUCCUGUGCCUCGUUCUCAUUUAUACCUUUCAAUACCAUAUCUUCCCCUACUCAAUCACGCCAUCUUUUUCUUGGUUUUCCCUUCUUCCUUCUACCCCGCACUUCCAUUUCCAUCGUAUGUCUUCCAACAUGACAUUCCUCCCUUCGUAACAGGUGUCUAUACCAUCGAAGCCUUCCUUCCUGUAUUUUCUUCGAUAUUUCAACUACCUUUGUUGAUCUUCUUAUAUACUCAUUUCUAACCCUAUCUUCCCUUGUUACUCCCGACAUCCAUCUCAACAUUCUCAUUUCUGCUACUUCCAUUUUCUUCUCCUCUGUUUUCCUCAUACUUGCUGUUUCUGUUCCAUACAACAUUGCUGGUCUGACCACCGUCCUAUGAAACUUUCCUUUCAAUUUCAGAGGGACCUUCUUGUCACAGAGGCCCCUGAUGCAGACCUCCAGUUAUUCCAUCCUGCCUGAAUUCGGUGUCUCACCUCUUGGUCCAUGCUUCCACUAUCCUCUAAUACGGGACCCUAAGUACUUGAACUUCUGUACUUUUAUUUCUUCCCCACCAAUCUUAUGCUACUUCCACCGUCCUCAGUAAUACUGGAACAUAUAUUCGGUUUUUGAUCUGCUUAUUCUCAUUCUUCUCUCCUCAAGUGCUGCUCUCCACCUCUCCAACCUCCCUUCCAACUCCUCCCUCCCCUCUGAACACAACACAA